GAGAAAAAUUUGCGCCGACUGUGAACGAUAUGUGGAUAACUUUAUGCUCACAACAAUAGAACGUUUCUUAUCUUUAUGUUCUGAUCUGCAUUUCUAUUUUUAUCUGUGUGCAUGUUCGCAAAAACUUCAUUAUCGUCGGACUACCAGUCGCACUUUACGCGGGCUGAGCUACCCGCUUGCUCAGUUCCGGCCCAUUUAUAGCGAGAGAAAGCAGUACAGUAACCUUCAAACGGCCAGAAUCAAAUAUGUAAAACGAAUAUUUUGACUUGUUUUUCAUAUGGUCGUUAUCCAUCGUCAACAUCUCUAAAAUGUUAACCUCAAUUCUGAACUGCUAUCGAUGCCAAUUUGUACUCGAUCUGCAUAUAAAUCCUCGACUCUCAAAUACGGCCACGCUGAAAAGCAAGCGAAGCGCGACUGAGAACCACCCCAAGUCAACACAGGAAUUCGAACACACAGAAACGUACGGCGCCGCAUGGCCGCCGGGAACACUAAGCAAAGCCACUAUAUUUGAAGUCGUGAAAUACGGCGAUCUUCCUUCGUCACCUAUCGAGUGUGAUCCGUUAGAGCUUUACGUCUCCCGUCAGUUCCUCACCGACAACGGAUUCGAGCCAGCCAAAGAGUACGCAUUUAAGGAAUUGGAGACAUGUCCGGCAUUAGAGCUUGUUGUCCUUCACGGACAUGGACAUCUUCUAGCCGAAGCACAAACUCGGGAUUGGCAGAACAGGUGGUGCGAAACAUUGGUUCAUCCUGGCAGCGAUCUUGGGGGUUUGACGGUCGCCGACACUCGACCAACUCGCUUCGGUGUUGUAACUCUAAGCACUCAAAUGAUUAUCCUCGAGGCCCCCGAUAAAAUUAAGCCUGCAGAAUCAGUCAGACGCUUUUUUCGGCUCACAAAUGAAUUGCCGCCGGAAGCUUCCUCUAGCGGCAAACAGGUGAGAGAACGGAAAUCGUCCAAUGUUAAUAUGGAAAAUCUAUUGCUACAGCCUCUACUGGUUUUACCGUUCGGAUUUAACGAGGGAUUACGUUCAGCAGCUAAAUACGUGACAGAUAGCAUAGAUCCAGAUCGAUGUGUUUAUCUCUCAGAGGAGCUUUUGUCUGAAUUUGGAAUAAAAUCAUUUUCAUGGGCGAAGAUGGAAGUCCGUGAAGUGUCAAGAAUAGUUAUGGUCGUGCCAUCAUCUGCUGUUUUUCUGAACGAAACUGCUGAUCGAAUCAUUUUCGCCACGCCACAACUGGUAUUCAACCUCAGCAACAACCAACUGCCAACGCCGUGCACCCUAAUCGGGAUCGAAGACUACCCGAAACAGCAAGCUAUUUCGAUCGGCGUAGGCGUUAUCAAGUCUCCCCACUACAAUCAUCAGGGCGACUAUUUGGCCCUUAUAAAAUGGCACUUCAAACGACAUCCGCGACUUCUCGCUAAAGCUGAUAUAUUUGGCAUUUCGCAAAGGGACUUUUUCGAGUACGCACCAGAUUUGCGAGAAGCUUCUUCUUACGAUGACGCCUCUGUCAUCUAUUUUCGUGUCGGCUCCAUUACUGGAAACAAGCAGGGAGAACCAGAGUCGCUCUGGACCGAACCUGAGAACAUCUUAAUUUACCAACUUGGAUCGGCGGUAUCUAAGGUUCCUCGCUGUUUGGAACUGAUAUUAGAGCGCACACACCAUCGCAUAUUCAAUUCGUCUAGAAUCGUGUUUCCUCAUGUUUCUGAGCUGGUGGAUAUGAUUGGACUCUUCUAUCGUAGAGCGCAAAUGUCCCGUUCGCUUCAACCGUUAUUCCUUAUCUCAGGACCGCCAAAUUCAGGGAAAACAUGUGCCGUUCGGAGUAUAGCAUUAGCCUUGGGUCUGCAUCUACUGACAGUGAACGGGUCGGAACUCACCGGUGACACGCCAUCGGCGGCAGAAAGCAGAAUAAAAAACACUUUCGCAAAGACAUCAGAAUACGGUCCAUGUGUUGUGCAUAUAACGAAUAUCGAGGAAAUUUUCCGCACCGUGAUAGAUGCAGCGGAUACUCGCCUGGUGAGCGUUUUCUUAGAGAGCAUCGCUGCACUUAACCAUUGCCUCAGCGAGCCUGUCGUGGUUAUUGCCACUUCGAAUGAACCCCGCCAGAUCCCUAGUCAGGUAAUGUGCUCGGUUCUUCACCAUCUAGUUGUUCCUCCUAUGAGACAAGAAGACCGACAGCGAGUGCUUGAGCUGCUCCUAGCCGAUGAUGCAGUUAGCAUUUCGUUGGACAUUGAAGAGGUUGCAGAGAAAACGGCCGGUUUCGUCCUAGGGGACUUGUUGGCUGUUGUUGAUUUUGCAAGGAAAAAUAUGUAUCGACGCGAGACACAUGGAUCCGCAGCAGUCGAAAUGGGUUUUAGCUUGACUCAGCCGAUUCUUACGAUGGAGGAUAUUCUUAAGGCUAUUUGUCAAAUUCAAAAGAACCAUAGCAAAAGCAUUGGUGCACCGGUGAUUCCCAGUGUUAGCUGGGACGACAUUGGAGGAUUGGAAGUUGCCAAAAAAGAGAUCCUUGAUACGGUACAAUUUCCUCUGAAGUAUUGUAACUUCAGAAAAGCUAGCUCGGGCGGUAACUUAGGCAGGUCUGGUAUACUUCUCUACGGACCACCGGGAACAGGAAAAACACUUCUCGCUAAGGCGGUCGCAACAGAAUGUUCGUUGAACUUUCUUAGCGUUAAGGGACCCGAAUUGAUCAACAUGUAUAUCGGGCAAAGUGAAGACAACGUAAGAAAGGUGUUCGAAAAGGCUCGCUCGGCAGCUCCGUGCAUUAUCUUUUUCGAUGAACUAGAUUCGUUAGCGCCUCGAAGGGGUAGAAGUGGCGACUCUGGGGGAGUAAUGGACCGUGUGGUUUCACAGCUGCUAGCUGAAAUGGAUGGACUUAAGAAGACCGACUGUUCAGAUGGCGACCAUGUGUUUGUAAUUGGCGCUACAAAUCGUCCAGACCUACUAGAUACAGCUAUUCUGAGACCUGGAAGAUUGGAUCGUCUCGUCUAUGUGGAUAUACCCGAGGAGCCAGAAGUCAAAUACAAGGUAUUACGGGCGUUAACACGUAAGCUGACACUACGCGACGUAGACCUUCGAAAAUUAAGCGAAAAAUGUCCCGCACAUCUUACCGGCGCUGACCUUUACUCUCUUUGCGCCAGUGCUAUGAUCAACGCUGUAAGGAGGUGUGUUAAUACUAAUUGCAAAAAGCUGGUCGUGAGCAACGAGGAUUUUGAACGAGCAUUGGAAAAGUUGUCACCAUCAGUGAGCAUUGCCGAACUUCAAGACUAUCGAAAGCUGCGAGAUAGGUUUGCUCCUUGAUCCCAGGCCUGUUAGUCGAGAUAAAUCUUUUCAUUUAAACAAAAACAAUGAUAUAGGUAUAACCAGCCUCUGGAGACGACGUACACCGCAGAUUGAAUAAAAGCUACAUGUCUUUUGGAUACGAGUAGAAAAACACAUGUAAAUUAGUUUUGUGAACCACCAGAAAAAAUGGUAAGUGCAUUUUGAUGACCACCUACAACAACGGUACAAAUUAUAGGCUGUUACCUAGUUAACUGUAGCAUUUGAGUGUGAAAUAAACACAUGCAUAGUGGAACAAGC